GUUCACUUUAAAUGGUUAAUUUUAUGACGUAAAUUUCACUUCAAUUUUUAAAACAAAAAUAAAUAAAUAACAACCACAACAAACGCGCUGUGGGAAGAGCAAAGCCUAGCAGCGGAGGACAAGGCGCCUGUCGGGGCGCGGGUCCACGGGGGCCCGGCCGAGGAGGCGACGUGUCUGCGGAGCCUCGAGAGGAGGUCAGCGGAGGGGCAAUCGCAGCCGAUGGCAAGGUCCGCAGGUAGACACCAAAUAUCGGAGUGAAUUAUUGAAAAAUUCGUUCAAGUUUCUUUUUUUUCUAAACAAUAAGACAGGUGUUUAGGGCAGCGGGUGGGGGCGGGGGGCACUUUCCCGAGUUUCGGGACCGGCAGGCGCCUUGGAUCGGGCCCCGCCCCCCCGUCGCCCCGCCCCUCAAGGACCCGGAGGCCCGGAGCGGGCGCCCGCAGGGUCCGCGGAGAGGAGAGAAGACUUUGUCCCAAGUGUUCGGGCGGCUUCCUCGUUCCCACUGCAACAGGCACCCCGGGACCCCUGCGGCCCCCCAACUUUCAGACACCCCUCCGGCCCCGCCCCCUUCGAGCCCCCCGGGGGCCCUCGGACGCCCCCCAACUCCCCUGUCCCCCUCAAACCUCUGACUCCUCGACUGCCCCCAGCCCCGCAGGACGCCCGCAUGGCCCGGUCGUACGGCGGCCGGGUGCUGGCCGCGAUGGUCCUGCUGGGCGUCCCGGCGGCGGUGCUGGCGGCGCUGGGCGCGCAGCUGCUGUUCCAGCUGCAGGCGGGCCGCGCGGAGCUGCGGGGGCCGCGCGCCAACGGGCUGGGCCCCGAGCUGGGCGCCGGCCCCGGGCUGCCCGAGGACGCGGCCGGGGCGCUGCUGCCGCUGGCCGCCGCGCUCGCCGCGCUCGCCCUGGCGCUGGGCCUCACCUGCCUGCUGCUCGCCGCGCUCUGCGGCCACCUGGGCGCCGAGCUGGCGCGGGGGCCCGGCUCCGGCAGGGCUGACUGGUUUCUCUAUGACUGCCGCCUCCUCAGACACGUGACCCUCGGCCUCUUCUGCUGCGGGGUCUCCGUCUACUUAGCAGCACUGUCCAUCUAUGCCCUGCUGCUCUUUGAGAUCGAGACAGGUGCAGCGGCAGCCUCCAUCCUCGGCUUGGGUGCCCUGGUCCUGGUGACUGUGCUCACCCACACUCUGCUCCGAGCGGCCCGGGCCACCCGCCGUGGCCCCCAUGAGCUGUCCCCACCGCACUUUGAAGAUGACCCCGUCAACCCUGCUGAAGUCUCCAAGACCAGCCCCAGGGCUCAGCCCCAACAGGGUACCCACCGCCAGACCCCCUACUCAUUCUGCCCUGAACCUGGGGACUCCCUCAGACCCACAGUGACUGCCACGGCUCCUACAGACCUGGGGGGAGGCCGGGAGAGCAGCCUGCCUUCAGCCCGCAUGCAGCGGACACUGUCAGCAGGCAGGGGGCACUGGGAAGGGGUCACCCAAGAGAUGCGCAGCAUGUUGGGCCACAGGCCAGGGGGCUCAGGAAAGGACUCAACACUGGUGUAAGCCCAGAGAUCAGGAAUAGAGACCUGGUGUCAGACAGCAGGAAGGGGACUCUGUAGACAUAGGUCCAGGCUCAGCCACAAUAGCAAUAUGAUUUGAUUUCUCAGUUCACAGCAUCCCUGGCUUUUAUCCUCAAGGUUGCCUCAUGGCACAACAUAGCUGCCAGGGCUCCAGCCUUCACCUCCUAACUCAGAGGGAAAGGCAGAGACCAAUUGCUGCCUCGGGAUCUGUAGGAAAUCUUCCUGGGAGGCCUUGGAACCCUUCUGCUUAUACUUCACAUGGCCACACCUUGCUGCAGGGGAGGCUGGGCAAUGUAGCUGACCAGAGAAAUUAGUUAGGCAAGAUGGAAGGGUGAGGCUUAGGCAGUGGUUCUCUAAAUGUCUCCAUCCAUUUUACAGAUGAGGAAACCGAGGCCCAGAGAGGGCAGUGACUCCCCAGGGGUCCCACGGCCAGUACUGAGCAUCAGAGCCAGGAUUUGAACCCGGGUCCUGUAACCCCCAUGCUGCUGACAGUGCAAGGCUCAGACUCUGCGACUCCUUCCGGGCUGUGAGCGUUUGAAACCUGUGUGCCGAACUCAGAGCCGCCCAGGGCCCCUGGUGCAGCUGGAGGGCUGGACCCAGACUCCUGGCUGUGGGUCCGUGGCUGAGGGCUUCACCACUCUGUGUCUCAGUUUCCUCAUCUGUAACGUGGGGACGGAGGCGGGCCCUCCUCCCAGGGCCUGCACGAGCCUUGGUGUAAGCCCUUCUGGGUGGGGCCUGUGCACAGUAGGUCCCCAGUGCAUGUCAACCAUGCUGCUGUUGGUCAGGGUGCCUGGUGACGGGGAAUGCAGGUUGAUGGCCAGUUUCUGGGGCUCCCAGGACUGACAGGGCUUGGAGUGGAUAACUCGGAGCCCCAGGGGUCUCCAGGGGCCCUGGUCCCCUCCCGUCUUGCACGACCUACAAAUAAACUCCGCCUCUCAC